AUGACUCAUGAAAGCUUCCUCGCUGCUACCGUCCUGACGGAGGAUGGGCCCACGGCUCGGGCGAUUCUCUGCGGCGUCACCGAAUCCCGUGAGCGGCAUUACUACACCCGUGUCCAGCAUUACAAACCCCAGAACUCGGCCACGCAAGGACUUUCCACCAUCAAACAGCUACAGAAAGAGCGGAGGCCGACGGCCGCUCAAUGGCACGAGUUGCAUCAGAUCCUCGCCAAGCAGCCAUCUGUUGUGCAGGUGCGCACCGACAUCACAGAGGAGGCCGAGAAUGUCAUGAAUGCCGCCGCCAUGGAAGGGGGGGAAGCUGCAUCAGCCAGCAGCAUCCUUGCCAGUAAACCUUGUGCUCUCAGGUGGGUCGACAUGCCCGAUCCGCCGAGUCCGCAACGGCCCCCUUCAAUCACCCAGCGCAGGGUUGUCGACAUCGAUGACCCCAGGGCCGCAUCGAUCCUGGUUGACAACGGUUUCGGGCUCCAAUCGGACUUGAUCGAGGAGUCAUACUGCUGGUGGCUCGAGGGCAUUGAAUAUUCCUUGACUCGGAUGUUCGUGGCAUCGUUGAAUCCAGACCCGAUGGUACCACAGCAGGUUCCCAACCCGGGGACACUCCAACCCGUUGGCAAUUUUUGGAUCCUCUAUGUCCGUGCCAAGGUCGAUUCUUUCCCGGCGGCCACGAUGCCGGAUCGCGUCAAACAAGCUCAGGCACAGCUGCGCCGAGUCCAGGAGCAAUUCAGGGGUGUUUUCGACUUUCCCGUCUUUGACCGGCGUUGUCACGACACCCGGGCUCCUCCUUGA